AUGGGUGCAAAUGUUUAUAGAGUAUUUGUGUUUUUAAGCUUUCUAAGUUUUGUUUUAUGUGACCUAAAUCUUCAAGAAGAUGAACCUUGCGUAACUGAUGGUCUAAAUGGAACGUGCGUUGGAAUAUUUCGGUGUCCCUCUGCAUCGUUGAGUUACCUUUAUGCCAAUGCGGGAUACGUCAAGACACCUGAUAAAAUAUAUGACUACCCAGAGCUGCCAGAUAUCUGUUCAUAUAAGAACGAGGAACCUGUAGUGUGCUGUACUGAUUGUAAUAUUUCUAAUGCAGAACCGUUCCGUCAUACUUCCAUAGGACCUCUGGGAAUUCCUGAAGAUAAUGAAGGCCCGGUAGCUUGGUCUAAAUGUCUAGAUUAUUUAAAGAUUCUACCCUACCCGUGUCGGGCUCAAGGAAAAUUCGAAGUGCGAAAGUACUGGAAUGAAAAUAGAAAAUGUUAUGGGUACGUGUCAAGUAUAGCAUUAGUAUUUGCUACUGGUGGAAUAGAGGCACAAAGAUGGGAAUUUCCUCACAUGGCUUUACUAGGAUACGGAGAUGAACAAAAAUCGGCUCAAUGGCUUUGUGGAGGAACUGUGAUCAGCGAGAGAUUCAUACUGACUGCUGCACACUGCACACGUAGAGCUUUGGGCAACGUCUCAUAUGCUGCACUUGGGAUAUUAAAACGCACUGAUCCGAAGGAAUUGUGGAACAUACAUAAUAUUAAAAGAAUAAUUCCCCAUCCUGAAUACAAUCCUCCUUCCAAAUACCAUGAUAUCGCACUUCUGGAGACAGAAACUGAGAUAAAUUUUGGUAAAAAUCUUCUGCCUGCAUGUCUAGAUACAGGAAAGAAAAAAGAACUCACGGCUGAUGCUUCUGGUUGGGGCCGUUUGGGUCAUAUGAAGGAUUUAGCUGAUACAUUGCAAGUAGUGACUCUCCAGGAGUUUGAAGAAACAGAAUGUGCAACAUUCUUUUCACCGCACAGACAUCUGAAGCAUGGAUACGAUCAUGAAAAACAGAUGUGUUACGGAAACCACCAAAAGAUAAUUGAUACUUGUGAGGGUGACAGCGGUGGUCCUCUCCAGACGAACCAGUUCAAAUGUCAGUACACAGUGGUCGGCGUGACGUCAUUCGGCAAGUACUGCGGUAUCCUCGGCUCACCUGGCAUGUACACCAGGGUCUCUUACUACGUACCCUGGAUCGAGGCCAUCGUCUGGCCUGAGGAGACAAAAGAACACAAGAAAAAGGACGAUCUUUUGUUUGACAAGUGGCUAAAUGCUACACAACAAUAAAUGUUAUAACACGACAUUUUUCUAUUUUAGAAAUAAUUAAAAUAGGUAAUAACUUUAGCUCCUUUUAGUAUUUUCCCUAAGGCAACUUUGCCAUAUAAUAACACGGCUCUCAGUAUCCCACUGUUUCUUUUGUUGUUGUUUGAUAGGUACAUACGUUUAAAAAACAGACUUUAACUCCUCUUUUUUGAAGUCAGUUCAAACUUUAUCCUAAGUAUAUCAAAAACUAUUCUAAAAUCCGCAUCGAAAGCAGCUUCGUUUCCGAUGAUCAUCGUCCAUGAGCACAGUUGCAUGCAUAUAAACAAUAACGCUUGUACAUGUGAGAAACUGGAAAUCGUGAAAGAACACACCUACCUUGGACUAAUAAUAGAUCAUAAGUUAAACUGGAAAUCACAUGUUAACCUAAUAUGUAACAAGCUAAGAGCUAUUUUGUCAAAACUAUGUGUGCUCAAACAUAAAGUGUCAUAUAGAACACUGAGACCUAUGUAUAUGUCUUUAGACGAUUCUGUCAUGAGUUAUGGCUUAACUAGCUAUGGAAGAACGUAUAAAACGUAUCUAAAUAACAUAUAUAAUUUGCAGAUUAGAAUUUUAAAAACAAUUGUUCCUUUAAAAGUUAAAUUCAAGAACAAAGAUAAUUAUCACUACUUGGUUCAUUAUUGUAAGGUUUUGAGUGUAUUUGAUAAGAGAGAUUUAGCAAUUGUAACUCAGAACAGUAUAGUACUCCCUACCUUUGAAAUACCAAAAUGUCAUAACGAUUAUGGUGAGAGAGUAUGGAAUGUCAGUCUUGCCCGAAUACUCAACAAGUUGCCAAAACACAUAGUUUGUAAACUGGAAAACAGAAAUAAAAGGCAGACCUAUAACAUAUUCAAGCGACAUUUAACGAAUUAUAAUGAAAUAGCAACUUCUUCACUGUAAAAUCUUUUCUAUUUAUGUUUAAGAUUAAGUUAAGAUUUG